UCCCCAAGUCUUUGAACAGUAAUGUUUGUAUCAAGUAUUCCAACAAAUGGCACAAUUUUCAGUUAAAAGAAGUGAUACAGAAAUAUAGUUCUGUGUAUGAGUUAUGGAAACAUUUAAAUGUAAAAUAAUCUGCAUUAAUAUUGGUCAUAAAAACAUUGGUUGAUCUCUAUUAUGUUUAUUACAUCAGAUAUAGUGGAUACUGUUAUACGAAAUAAUAAUAACAGGAAACCAAAUUGUGCACAGCUUUGCAAAUAAUUUUUUUUUUAAAUUACAUUAAAAAUGUGUAUAUUUUUAAAUUUAAAUUUCAACAGCAGUUCACAAUAUGUUGUUCAUGUGUCAGUCAUUACUGAUUAUUAAAGGGAUGGUUCACCCAAAAAUGAAAAUUCUGUCAUUAAUUCCUUAGCCUUAUAUCAUUCCAAACCCGUAAGAUCUUCGUUCAUCUUCAGAACACAAAUUAAGAUAUUUAUGAUGAAAUCAGAGAGCUCUCUGAUCCUCCAUAGACGGCAGCGCAACUACCACCGUCAUGGCACAGAAACACAGUAAGGACAUCAAUAAAAUAGUCUAUGUGACAUCAGUGGUUCAACCGUAAUUUUUCAAAGCUUUUACAAACAAAGGUCUUACAUAUUUUGGAAUGACAGGGUGAGUAAUUAAUGACAGAAUUUUCAUUUUUGGGUGAAAUAUCCCUUUAAGUAAUCAAAUAAAAAAAGUGACAUUAUAACCUAGCUUCAUGGUAGCUUUGGAAAUGACACAUUCUGUUUAUUCUGUGGCAUUUGUUGGUGGUUUUAGUGAGAUGUUGAGGAUUCAGCUGUGUCCCCUGCCCCCAUCGGCCCUCUCUCUGUAGACCCCAGGAAUGUCACACCCUCUCAGACGGACCUUAACAGCUGUAAGGAGAGAGAGAGAGAGAGAGAGAGAGAGCGCACAUGGCACUAGCUAUUUUUAGAGUUCAUUCAGACUAGAACAUCUCUCUCCUUCUCUUUCCCUGGACGUGGUUGCUCCUUCUGGAUCUCUCCUCGGCUGAAAGUUCUGGAGAAGUUUCACAGCGACCGUGCGAGUUCAUAAGUACCGGAGACGAACGCAAGACAGAGUAUAUAAACAAAGAAAAGCAUCCAGCGAUAAAGCGAAAGUCAACCUAAAUAUCAAACAGGCCAACAUGGCUCUACUGUGUUACAACAGAGGCUGCGGCGCUCGAUUUGAUGCUGACAAAAACUCAGAUGAUGCCUGCCAGUUUCACCCCGGAGUGCCAAUCUUCCAUGAUGCCUUAAAGGGCUGGUCCUGCUGUAAAAAGAGGACGACAGAUUUUUCAGAGUUCCUGUCAAUCAAGGGUUGUACCCGCGGGCGUCAUAGUAACGAGAAGCCUGAGGAGCCUCUGCGGCCAGAGGUGACGUCUGAUAAGGGAGACGUGAAGCAGCACAGUGAGGAAAUUAUCUACCGGGGACCCAAAUCGGCAGAAGCCCUGGAAAAAGAGAGACCCAGCUCAGAUGAGCCAAAGACAAAGCUGCAGGUGAAGGUCUCUCCUUCUCUGGCUCAGAUUGCAGAGAAAAUGGAGAUCACUGAGAGGGAGAAGAGAGAGAAGCUAGAGAGUCAAGUCAUGGUGGUUGGGGUUAAAUGCAAGAACGCAGGAUGCAAAACAAUUUACCAGGGUCCAGAGACGGACGCAGAAAUCUGCACAUAUCAUCCCGGAGUCCCCGUCUUCCAUGAAGGAUACAAAUACUGGAACUGCUGUUGCAUAAAAACCACUGACUUCAACGCCUUCCUGGAUCAGAAGGGCUGCACAACAGGAAAACACUGCUGGAUCCCCAAACAGGACAAAAAGAAGGUGGCUUGCAGGCAUGAUUGGCACCAGACAGGAAACCAGGUCGUGGUCACAAUCUACGCCAAGAACUCCAGUCCAGAGCAUUCCUACGUGGAGGCAAACCGCACAGCGUUAACAUGCCACAUUCAGUUUGAGGGUGACAAAGUGUUUCACAAGGACAUCCACUUAUGGGGGGUGAUUGACGUGAAGAGCAGUUUUGUGAACAUGGUGCCCUCUAAGGUUGAGGUGACCAUGCGGAAGGCUGAUGCCGUAGCCUGGGGGAAACUCGAAGACCCCAAACACAAACCUGAGCCAGAGGUCACCGACGAGAUGAACACAGAACAGGAAGAUGUCAAACCCGACUGGUACAUCUCAGAUGAUGACAUCAGUGAGUCUGACUGGGAAGACGAAGAGGAGGACAAGAAAGAGAACGAGGAGAAAAAAGAAGAAAAACAGGCAGGCGAUGGACCACCUGAGCUAGAAGAGCCUGUUGCUGUCCCCCCAGAAAAAAUUUAACAUUUAUUCUGACAUGUAAUGGUUGUGUUUACAAUAUCACAUGGGCUGUCUUUUUUUUUUUUUCUUCUUUUUUGUCUACUAAAAUACAUUGUACAUUGUCAUUGUGUGCUUAAAGGUUAGAGAAGUCUUAAAACUCUUGACCACUAUUUCAUAGAAAUUUUGAAAAUAUGUUUGAAAAAAAUCUCAAAAGUUUGGGGUUGAUAAGACAUUUUAUAAAUAUUUUUAAACAAAGUUUUAAAAUGUCAUUUAUUCCUAUAAUUGGAAGAUGAAUCUGAAAAAGGCUGAUUUUGGUGCUCAAAAAACAUUUAUAAUUUGUUGAAAACAGUUGUACAGGUUUCUUUGAUGAAUAGAAAGUCAAAAAGAACAAAAUGUGUUUGAGAUUGAAAUUAUAUUUAAAAGCCUUUACUGUGACUUCUACUGAAUAAAAGCUAAAAAAAAAAAUCCUGCUGACCCCAAACUUUUUACCAGUAGUUGAAAACACUCAAUGCAGAUUUUCAGCAGUGACAAAGCAAUAAAUUAACAAUAAA